AUGAUUUCAGUCCAGAUAUCGGCACAAACAUGUUCUGGAUGUGAGUGGCGCUUUCUGGUGGUUUCGGAGGGGGCGGUCCUUCCUGUGAGCCACGAAUAGAUCUCGGACUUUCUAUAAUGACGUUGGGGAUGAUGGGGGAUAUAAAUGCUGCGUGCCGACAAUCACACAGCACUCUGGAAAACUUUUACUGAAAAGUAGUUGAUCUGUGGUGUGCAGCCAUGGCAGAGAGGCGGAUUCCGUUCACCCUGCUCCGGACACACAGCUGGGACCCGCUCCGGGAUUUUCACCACCGCAUUUUCGACCAGGCUUUCGGCAUGCCCGUCCUGCCCGAGGACUUCGCCACAUUCCCCACCACCCACUGGCCGGGGUACAUCCGGCCGUCCUUCCUGGGCUCGGAGCUGUCCGCCCUGAUGUACCCCGGGGCCGUGAUGGCCCAGCAGGCUCAGCAGGCCCGGGCCCUGUCCCGGCAGGCCAGCAGCGGCGUGUCGGAGAUCAGACAGACCCCGGACGCCUGGAAGGUGUCCCUGGACGUCAGCCACUUCUCACCCGAGGAGCUGGUGGUGAAGACCAAAGACGGGGUGCUGGAGAUCACCGGUAAACAUGAGGAGAGGAAGGACGAACACGGAUUUGUGUCCAGAAGCUUCACCCGGAAAUACACCCUCCCCCCGACUACUGACAUCGAGAAGGUGACCUCGGCUCUGUCUCCUGAGGGGGUGCUGACCGUGGAGGCUCCAGCGGUCAAACCAGCCAUCGAGGCCACAGAGACCACCAUACCGGUGAAGGUGGAGAGCAGCGUGGCGACGAAGUAGACAGACACGCCGACGGGCAGCACCUCACAGCGACGCCACCAAUCAGCCCACCUCCUCUUUAGAUGUUUGUUCUUCUUAAAGCAGAAGAGGGGUCGGCCUCGCUCCCCGCAACACUGUUUCCUCACUUCUUUGCUCACCUUUCUUGUUCCUGUUAGUGAUUGGCGUAUGUGUGUGUGCGCUCCCGCUGCCUCACCAAAGUCAACAGCAAAGCCAACUGUAAUGACAGCGAUAAAUAAAGGAGCCAAAGGUCCCAGAAGGGCGGAGCCCCACCCACAUAACACCUCCCUGUAGCUGCUGCCAUCUUCCUGCAGUCGCUGAACCUGCUGUUGUCUCUUGUAAUCAGCUGUUCAAAUAAAGAAGCUAAAACACAAUG